AUGCGCGACGAAAUGCAGCUGCUUUUGCUACUGGUUCUAGUGACGGUCAUUGGACUGGCUUCGACGGCGGCCCGAGCGGAACCAUGCACCGAGCACACCCGUCCCCAUGCGACACGCUGUGACCAGUACUUCCGCUGCGUCCUGCUACCAUCGCAAACCCACGUCUGGGUGCCCAGGCAGUGCGAAAAAGGAUUAAUCUAUGAACCACAGCUCAAGAGCUGUGUUGUACCUGGUAACGACUGGGAGUGCAACCUAUCGGCCGAGGUGGGAAACGAAAGUGGUGAAAACGUGUACGGCAUCAACAAUCUACCGGCGGCGCUCUAUACCGGUCCAACCAUUUUGCCAACAACGACACCACCACCGGCACCGGAGAAGGUUGUCGCCAGUGGGUCGACCGCAGGUUCUAGCCAGCACAACAAGGCAGGAUCAAAUCCUGCCGGCGCUGUCAGUGGCGAAAAUGAAGGUUAUUAUAUUGUAUUGGAUCGCGAUGGAAACAAUCGGACGACUGUCUAUCGGACCGUAUCGGAACCGUAUAGGGAUGACGAGGGGGAAGAUGAAUUUAGCGGGGACGGACAGAUGGUAGAAGUGGAACUGACGACAGCUAAGAGUACGUCUAAUACCCACGGGAAACACUCACCAUUACCAUUACCAUUGACUUCCGACGAAAGCAGCGAACCAUCAGCAAACGUACUGAACUCCUUUUUAGCCGAGUACGCACACAAGACUAGCGGUGACGUACCGGUGAAAGCAAAGCGGAAACAUCCCCUACCAUCAGACGGUAAGAUUCAUCCCGAGCAUCUAAUGACUAUUCUAACACAGCAGAAGAAGCUUAACAAAUACGCGACACAAAUAAAGCAGAAGGGAGAUCCCACCGGAGGAUUCGGUGACAAAUCUCCAUUCGCUGAUCAGCCGGUGUUUACCAGUCGCCCGGAGGGGUCGGUCUUGUUCAAUGUGCCACAGCGCGUACCGGAGGAGUCGCACAAGAAAUCUCCUCUAAUGUCGGAAGACGUGAUACGCAGUAUAAUAGAGAUAUCCAAGCAAAUGAUGACUAGUCACAAGCCUCAGAUGGAGGAGAUGUAUAUAAAGCCGAUUUUCAUUCCAAUUUCCGUAAGCUCUCCAACGCAAGACUAUACGAGACUACCUGACAAACCUAGCCCUGUAAUGUAUCAACAACUGUUUCCAUCGCUUUCCAACAAUACCGCUCAGUUUAGCUCUAAACCGAUUGGUAUUACUAUAACGAACCCUUAUACCCUAGGUCAAGCCACGAUCUACGAUAAUCUGCGAGAUCAGGUGAUGAAUGACUCACAAUAUUACAACUACCAGGCGACGUUGGUGGAUGCGUACGGAAACCAGUACCAAUCGCAGCAACCAUUGCCUAACAUUCAAAUGUACGCGUACCCACCAACGAUGACGUACCCCAUGUACAAUCAGCCAAACUAUCAAUAUCCUGGCAACCCUUUCUACCCUAAUCAAGCGGAACUUACGAACCGAUUGCGAAAUACCCCCGGAUACGACGGGGAAGAUUCUCAGUCCAACGAAAUUGCUCUUUCGGAUGAAGAAGACGACACUUCAGCUGAGAGUGUGGUCGGCGAGGGUGUGGCAAACGAUAAUUCGAACGAAGAUAACGAGGAUUCGGCCGAACCCGAAAUGAAGAAGCUCAUCUCCGUCGGAGGUGUUACCUUGAAUUACAAUGACUACAAAGAUAGCAUUCUUCCGCUGCUGGACGCAAACCCGGAUGAAGUACGCAUUUCCGUUCUCACUUGCACGCUUGGAUCCAGACAACCAAACAAGACCGACUGCACCAAGUACUACGUAUGCAAUCCUCACAACGGAGCUUUCCAGUCCUUUACGUGUCCCUCGUUUACAGCGUUCAACGCGGAAACUCGCAUUUGCGACACUUUUACCUACAAAACAUGUCACGCUACGAAAAAAGUAAAUCCUACUCAGCAAUCCAGCGCUUUGACCCGGUUGGCAGCUUUGGCCAAGAACAAGUACCAAAUGACGACCGAAACCAGCACUAAGCUGAAGCACGAACUUAUGACCGCUCAAAAGUACGUCGAUCUGAUCAAACAGGAAGCCAUUAAAAUUCUCAGCCGCAACAAGGUGACAACGGAAUCGGAACCGGAAAAUAACAACACCCCGCAGAACAUGGGUCCUUUCCUGAUCACCAACCCUACCGCCAGUAGCUUCGUACCGUCGAUCACCGCACCGUACAUUCCGCCAACGAUGAUGGUUACAACGACGACUACGACGGCCAGCAACGCCAAGCGAAGACGCACCAAACCGAAGCGUAAACCCGCCAACGGAAACUUGAAGAAACACUCCGCCUAUAAAUCGUCAGUCGGUAGAACGACGGCAACUACUACAACGACAACGACGACCACUCCGCAGCCGGUUCCGAAAGCUCCCAAGUGCAAACGGAACGGCAAGAUGCCGGAUCCGGCCGAACGGCGUAACUACUACGUGUGCUACAAGGCCAGCCCGAAGAAGUUCAUCAAAACUCGGAUGGCCUGCCCGGGCAAGCUGUUCUACUGCUCCAGUACCGAGUACUGUACGUACGAGAAAGAGUGCAAGAAUGCUUAG